AUGGCAAUAUCGGGCAAAGAUAGCGGUGCUGUGGUGCUCGAAACCUCAAUGGGUCGCAUUGUCUUUGAACUCUAUUGGAAGCAUGCACCCAAGACAUGCGCCAACUUCUAUCAGCUGGCCAAGCAGGGCUUUCACAACGGCAUCAUUUUUCACCGCGUUAUCAGUGACUUUAUCAUCCAGGCAGGCGAUCCUACGGGGACAGGAUCGGGAGGUGCAUCUAUCUACGGUGGACACUUCGAAGACGAGAUCCACCCCGAGCUCCGCUUUGUCGGUGCUGGUAUCUUGGCAAUGGCGAACGGAGAAGGACCCAAUACAAAUCGCAGCCAGUUCUUCGUCACGCUAGCACCGACACCCUUCUUGGAUGGAAAACAUACUAUCUUUGGCCGCGUAUCGGAUGGUAUGCACGCUGUGCGAGAGAUCGGCGUGGUCGAGACCAAGGAUGACAGGCCUUGUGAAGAGAUCAAGAUUGUACGGGCGACAGUGCUCUGA